GAUUCACAUAAAAAACUAAUAGCGAUCGUUUUCUUCAUCAUCGAAAAUGAAAUUGAUCGGUGAUUUUCACUCUUUUGGUUGACCGUAAGGCGUGUGAGGUGUCACUCCUCCUUGCUUUGGUGAAUUUGUGUAUUAUCAGGCUCUUGGACCAGACAAGUACUGUAACACAUCUGUUUCCCAUCACUAAACACUUUGGUUUGCUUGCUAAUAGCAUCACAGGUUUAACAAGGAAGUUGGAAUGGUGGACGGUGGUAGAAUCAAGCUUAAGACAUGGCAGCAGGCUGCGGUGGCAUUUGGUUCAGCGGUCGGAGCGCUUUUGAAUCCGCGUAGAGCUGAUUUGAUAGCGGCUCUUGGUGAAACAACUGGAAAACCUGCCUUUGAAAGGGUUCUUCAAAGGAUGAAAUCUUCCCCCGAAGGAAGGGCAGUACUGUUGGAGCGCCCUCGUGUUGUAUCGGCAAAUGUAGGACAUGCUUGGGACCUUCCACCAAAUACAUUUGGUGCUGCCUAUGCUAGAUUUAUGGGAUCCAGGAACUUUUCACCAGACGAUCGGCCUCCUGUGCGGUUCAUGGAUACAGAUGAGCUGGCCUACGUUGCAAUGCGAGCUCGUGAGGUUCAUGACUUUUGGCACACCCUUUUUGACCUUCCUACUAACUUGAUUGGGGAGUCAGCGCUGAAAGUAAUCGAGUUUCAACAGAUGUAUCUUCCUAUGUGCAUGAUGUCUGUUGUAGGGGGCACAGUAAGAUUCAGCGAAAAACAGAGAAAAUUGUUUUUUCAGCACUACUUCCCAUGGGCUCUUCGUGCCGGCACACAAUGCAAUGAUCUAAUGUGUGUGUAUUAUGAGCAGCAUUUUCAUGAAGAUUUAGAAGAUGUUCGCAGAAAAUUGGGAAUUGUUCCGGUCCCUGCUGUUCCUUGACUGAAUUCUUUCCGAGCUGAUAAGUUGUAUUUAUACAGUGCAACCGCAUUCAAUUUUCUUAAUAAUGUCCAGUGCAAUAGCUGUCUCCUGAUACUUAGCCAGUUUUGUAUAGGUUGGAUUUCAUCAAUGACUAUAUCAGUCAAUUAAAUUAAAUAGAAUCACGAACAUAGGUUUGGUUUUAUAA